AUGUCCUUGAACAAAACUCCUAAAAGAAGUAGAGUAAAGGAGACGAUAGAGGGGAGCGAAUCCCCGAAAGGAGAUACGUCAAUGGAUGUUGACUCGACCCCUGGUGCUGGGAAGGAAGAAGAACGUAUUGAGCAAAAGAGGAAAACCUCGGUAUCCUCAGGAAGGAAGAAGAGGAAAAGACACACUGAGGAAGUGGAUAAGGUGGUUCUCGAUACCGAGUCAUCGGACGUUGAGGAUACCGAACACCAUCGAGCUAUCAAUAAGCAACCCUUCGAACACGGCGAAGCGGACUUCUUCAUCCCUCGUCUCAGUUCCGAACCCGUGAUAGACGCUGAGGAGGAACCUAUGGCCACUCCGAAGAAUCUUAAGCCUGUUUGGAAAAGGGACCCGGAUUUCAAUCCGGUGUGGGCAUCGAUAACGACUACUCUGAAUCGAGCCCCAAAGGAUGCGGAGGAUUUUGUCCGAAACCUGAGAGGGUUUCCGAUCCUUGUCACUGGAAUCAACUAUGCUGCGAUGGUCAAUACGAUGGCCGCCCACGAUGCUGCGAUACGCGAGAUAUUGCAAAUGAAGGAAGGACAGAAGCUCUUCAUGAUCCCGGCUACAGCUGGAAUGAGGAAUGCCUGGUUUGUAGUCGAACUCCCGAGUAUUGAGAUGAGGGAGAAGGUGUUGGAGGUAGGCGCAAUCUUCUUCCAGAAGAAAGGCCUCCCGAGGAGAGCAUCCUUCUUCCGUCGGAUCACUGGGGUAGAACUAACCCAAGUCAAGAUGGUUAAAGGAGUCCAUCCUGACGACGAAGCAACAGUACGAACGGAACUGACGGAAAGAUGGCAGAAGGCCAAAGUAUCCACCCAUAGUAUGAUAGGUGGAAAAGAGAGGGCGUACAUCACCUCGGACAUUUUGGUAAAGGCCGUCUUCACUGACAAUGUUGAGGCUGCAACAUUCCAAGCCGACCGAUCGCAAUUGGUUGCGAAGGUCACGACAGAGUUCGGUACAGUGAACAAGACGUGGCAGUUGUCUUUGGAAUGGGGCACAAGGAAGAAGACUGUCUGUUCAGAGAUUGGAGGUGGCCGAUCAGUAGACAGUUCGCGGGCCCAGACUUCCCUCAACGAAGAGGAGGUGGUCCGAGCAGAGGAGGGGAGACCAGCCGAGGACAUAAACGAAGUUCCCGGGGUGGAUCCUACUUCAAUUACAGGACGUAACACUGUAAAGGGUAACAAGUAUCUCCAAAGAAGAAAGGACUUUUUACAUGUAGAAGAUAGAGAAUGUCGAGACCACUCCCAACAACAGGAGAGAUGGCGGAGUAUUGACGAGGGUUGA